AUGUGGAGAAGCUACGAGUACUCCAGGAGGUGUAAGAAGUCUGCUAUUCAGAAACCCCGAAAACUCGAAGCCUAUUGCGGAUUCCCUCGCAAAACUACGCCUAUCAUCUACAGCACCUUGAAGCAGAGAAGCAUAGAAGCAUCUACCAACACUCUUGCCAUUCAGUGGCCCAUCGCUCAAGCCUGGUUGGUGCCUAGGACUUCGCGCUGCUCCAAGCUGACCCGAGAACCUACGCAGCAAAACGCAGAAAUUCAAGCAUGCAGAAAGCUUUGUUCGACACUUCGUUAUAGCAGAUUGAACAAUCCUAGCGCGUUACGAAACGAAGGCUCAUUGUCCGGUACGCCUGCUAUCAUCAAAGUCAACAUCAACAUCCUCGAUCUCCUCAUCCUCCUCCUCCUCCUCCACGAUGCAAAGAGCUCUACGAGAGCCCCCUUUCCUUUCGCGGAAGCUAAGACUCAAGAAUCGAUAGAUCAUUGGAAGAAGUUACAACGACAUGAUUCUAAGUUACAUCACACCUUUCCCGCCUCUGGGGUAAUCAUGAGCAAGCAGCUUUCCCUUAUUCCCAGCAUGCCAGGACACGCGGAGGACGUUACGGGAGGCGAAGGCGCAUACACAAGAUAG